AUAGGAUCGCCCAUCUCGCGGCCGGCGACUGCGGCCCGGAGAGCGCCAGGAGGUCCGGCCCUGGCUGUCCCGGAGCCCCAAGAGGCCAUUGGUAGUCCCGCCUUGAUGUGCCAGGCCAUCGAAGAUCACAGCUUUAUGGCAGCAAAGAUGGAUGAGGUUUACAGGGUAGCUAAUGACCUGAUGUUCGCCGAAGAUCUGCAGCUGGAAGAGGUCAUCCGGUUCUCAGCUCGCUCAGCUGGUGGCACGAACUGUGCGGUUUGCGGACAGGCGAUCCCGUUGGUGGAUGCCUCAUGGAAGCCUGACAACUGCGACCAUGUGAUGUGCAUCACCUGCUUCGGCCAACUCGCCUCUGAUUCUCAUGCCGCCGAGCUGCCCAAGUGCCCAAUGGCGUCAUGUCAAUUCUCGCCCAGAGCCAGUAUCAUCGGUGCUGGCAUUGAUAGCUUGGUCUUAGCCGAAGAGGAUGCAGGCAGUGGCAAAGGCAAGGAGCCGGCGACAUAUGUCAUGCUUCAGGAGCGCGGCGAAUGCUCCCGUGCCGUGGCGGCCGGCAGCGGCAGCGGCGAGUUCUACUGCACCAUCUGCAUGGAGACGGUGGACGCCGUACAGAGGUUCGCCAUCGCCGGGUGCACGCACGCCUUCUGCGCCAGCUGCGUGCGCCAGUACAUCGCCGCCAAGGUGGAGGAGAACGUGCUGUCCAUCGGCUGCCCCGACCCGGGGUGCAACGGUGGCGGCGCGCUGCACCCGGAGGCGUGCCGGGGCGUGAUCCCGCCGCGGCUGUUCCAGAGGUGGGGCGACGCGCUCUGCGACUCGGCGCUGUCGUCGCUCAAGUUCUACUGCCCCUUCAGCGACUGCUCGGCGCUGCUAGUCGACGACCCCGGCGACGGCGAGGCGGAGAUAACGGACGCCGAGUGCCCGCAUUGCAGGCGGAUGUUCUGCGCCCGGUGCAAGGUGCCGUGGCACGACGGCGCCACCUGCGCCGAGUUCCAGAAGCUCGGGAAGGACGAGCGCGGCCGCGACGACCUGCUGCUGAGGAACGUGGCGCAGGAGAGCAAGUGGCAGAGGUGCCCCAAGUGCAAGAUGUACGUGGACAGAGUCGACGGCUGCGUGUUCAUCAUCUGCAGGUGUGGGCACUGCUUCUGCUACCUCUGUGCAUCUCCAAUGUCGAGGCAGAACCAUCAUUGCAAAACCUGCAAACGGACAUGGUGAAUGACCCUGAAGCUGCACAGCUCAGCUCUCCAUGAGUGGAGAUGAAGUUAGUAAUUAAGUUCGUACGUACUGUUAAAAAUAGUCGAUUACGGCCUUUAGCCUACUUAGCAUUAAUUUAGCUCAUAUAGUACCACUCAUGUUGCUACUGGUCAAUUGAUCAUAGUGUUUCUUCAAUACAUGUACUUAGAGCAAGGCUAAUAAUAUAGCUAAGACUAUUUAUAACAUUUUCUUAGCCUAUUUAUAUAGUAGUUAACUUUUUAUCAUUAAU